AUUCUCAUCCUCAUUUUCUCCCACUUAGCUGAUUUCCUUCUACGUCAUGAAAAUAAGUGAAUGUGUUGAUCAACUUGAAGUGACAAUCUGGUGGACGUGACGACCUGGUGUCCACCAGUGUAUCUUCUCAUUGUUCUCUUACAUCUAAUCAAGAUUCUUUUUCUCGCUACCGCGCUUACAGCACAGACGAGUAUGGAAAUCGGGAUUUGGAUAGUGCGUUUGAUUUCUGUGUUGAUAUGCUACACAUUUCAGUUUGCGGAGUCACAAACAAUAUUACACACACGACCACAUACACACACUAUUGAUGAUAAAUCAACAACAGACGACAGUCAAUCCCUACUACAAUAUAAAGAAAAAUUGGUAAGUGACAGAGUUCCAAUGGUGUACCACCCUAGCUGCCUUGAAAGACCUAAACAAAAUUCUGAAGACUUCAUACUAACCCAAGAAUGACCGAGGUCUUCAAAGAGCCUACCAUUACAAUUUCAUAUUGUUCAUGUCGCUGGUCAUUCUUGGUGCUUUAUAUAUCUUUUAAUUAUUUAUAUGACGUUGUGUCUACAUUCAGAUCCGACAUUUUGGAUUUUGAGUGUGUAUAUAUAUAUAUAUACAUAUAUACAUAUUACCUAUUAUAAGACUUCAGCGGACGCAAAGUAUUUAUAGACCAACGUUAGACAGACGUAUAAAUUAGGCAGACGUUUUUAAGUCUGCUCAAUUUUCUACUUGUAAAAUGAAAUUAUGUACUUAACUUUUGAGUAAAAUGUGUUUUCUUUCCUUAAAUUUAGAAUCUAAACUUUACAUUUCGGGCAAAAAGAUUUCAUUUUAUUCAUAAAAGUGUAAAUUCUAGAGUUGUUAAAAACUAGCGUGUAUUAUUUUGGCAAUAUACGUUUCACGACUUGUGUAGUCAUUUUUCAAAUGUGCAUCACAAACGAAAGCGGAAAUAUAUUUAAAUUUCGUUUGAUUUUUUCCUUAUUCUGAACCACUAGGUGUCAGGUUAUCUAGAUUAAUAUUUUUAAAGAUGGUAUUUAAAAAAUUUUAAUUUUCCAACACCGUGAUUUUUUUGUUGCGUUCUGUUUUGCUGUCAUGUUACGGAAAUGAACUUCGGGAACCUUCGGAGACACCCGGAAAGGAUCCAGCGUCUGCGAAGAUGUUGUCACGUGUAAGUAAAUUUUUCUUAUUUUGGUUUCAAAAAUGAUUUCAAGGCACAUUUCUCGUAAAGUAUAUAUUGUUAGGUUUUAGGCUAUUACAAUUUCCCCUACGAGUACGAGUAACCGCGUUUGUUUUCUUCACUGGGCAGCGAAAGAAGGGUCUACCGUCUCCGAGUCUCGUCACGCCAUGACACACGACUAGGACAAUAUUUGUCGUUUACUAUGUUUUAGCAUUAAUAUAAAGAUUUUCUAGGAUAUAGAGAAUCCCAGAAAUGUGUCGUCAUUAUGCCCUGCACUUAGCGACACAAUGCAGGAGACGCCGUGCAGUUUGCAAUGCAAUGUGCAUUGUCCUUAUUUUGAUUGUAGGAGGAAAGUGUCGAUUGGGUUAAGACUGAUCUGUACAAAAGUGGCUUUUCUGUUGGACACAUUUCUAAAUACAAUGGAGGAACAAUCCUGUACAUCAUUUGUGGAAACGGAAGAGUUAGAGGCAGAACAGUCAUUUCACCCAAGGAGGCAUGCAUAUGGAUUUAGGCUGUGAAAAAGAACCCCAAACAAAAUGGCGGCUGGUGAAUUAGAAAAAGUUUCUGAGUGUAGGAUCUGAACGGAGAAUAGGAAUACUGCAUCCCAUCUGACCCUGCAGG